UCGGCGGCGCCGCCAUGUCGGGGGACGACGACGGCCCCGGCGGGUCUCACUACGUGGCAGAGUUCGUGCCUCCGCCCGAGUGCCCGGUCUUCGAGCCCAGCUGGGAGGAGUUCAGCGACCCCCUCGGCUUUAUCGGACGCAUCCGGCCCUUGGCCGAGAAAACCGGCAUCUGCAAGAUCAGGCCGCCCAAGGACUGGCAACCUCCUUUUGCAUGUGAUGUACAAAGUUUUCGUUUCACCCCACGUGUUCAGCGCCUGAAUGAAUUGGAGGCAAUGACUAGAGUAAAGCUGGACUUCUUAGAUCAAUUGGCAAAAUUCUGGGAACUUCAAGGAUCUACACUAAAAAUCCCCGUGGUAGAGAGAAAAAUCUUGGAUCUCUAUUCUUUGAGCAAGAUUGUUGCCAGCAAAGGAGGCUUUGAGGUGGUCUCUAAAGAUAAGAAAUGGUCCAAAGUGGCUAAUCGGCUCGGUUACUUACCUGGCAAGGCGACGGGAUCACUACUGAAGUCACAUUAUGAACGGAUCCUGUAUCCAUAUGAACUUUUCCAGUCUGGUGUCAGCCUUAUGGGCAUCCAAAAGCCAAACUUGGACCUUAAGGAAAAAGUGGAGGUUGAGGACCUCGGCAUUGAUGCCCAGUCUCCCCCAAAGCAGGGUACAAGAAUGAACGUUGUGCUGAAGAGAACCAGACGUGUCAAGUCCCAGGCAGAGGCAGGGGAGAUGAGUAGGAAUGCUGAACUAAAGAAGCUCCAGAUCUUUGGAGCAGGACCAAAGAUGAUGGGAUUGGCAUUAGGAGCAAAGGAAAAAGAAGAUGAAGUACCCCGAAGACGCAAAGGUACCAGAUCCGAGGCAUUUGGCAUGCAGAUGAGACAGCGGAAAGGGGCACUUUCUGUCAACUUUGUUGACCUGUAUGUCUGCUUGUUCUGUGGUCGAGGAAACAAUGAGGACAAAUUGUUGCUGUGUGACGGGUGUGAUGACAGCUACCAUACGUUUUGCCUGAUACCCCCUUUGCCUGAUGUUCCCAAAGGUGACUGGAGAUGUCCAAAAUGUGUUGCUGAGGAAUGUAGCAAACCGCGUGAGGCCUUUGGAUUUGAGCAGGCUGUUCGAGAGUAUACCCUCCAGAGCUUUGGCGAGAUGGCAGAUAAUUUCAAAUCUGAUUACUUCAACAUGCCAGUCCAUAUGGUUCCCACGGAGCUGGUGGAAAAGGAGUUCUGGCGACUAGUGAGCAGCAUCGAGGAGGAUGUCAUUGUGGAGUAUGGAGCGGACAUCUCAUCCAAGGACUUUGGAAGUGGCUUCCCUAUAAAGGAUGGCAGAAGAAAGAUAAUGCCAGAAGAGGAGGAAUAUGCCCUUUCUGGCUGGAACCUCAACAAUAUGCCCGUACUGGAACAAUCUGUCCUUGCUCAUAUCAAUGCUGAUAUUUCUGGCAUGAAGGUGCCCUGGCUUUAUGUGGGGAUGUGCUUCUCCUCUUUCUGCUGGCACAUUGAGGAUCACUGGAGCUAUUCCAUCAACUACCUUCAUUGGGGGGAGCCCAAGACGUGGUACGGAGUACCUUCUCAUGCAGCAGAACAACUGGAAGAAGUGAUGAGAGAGCUUGCCCCUGAGCUGUUUGAGACGCAGCCUGAUCUUCUGCACCAGUUAGUCACCAUUAUGAACCCAAAUGUGCUUAUGGAACAUGGUGUACCUGUGUAUCGGACCAAUCAAUGUGCUGGCGAGUUUGUUGUCACUUUUCCUCGUGCCUAUCACUCUGGAUUUAACCAAGGCUACAACUUUGCUGAGGCUGUGAAUUUCUGCACGGCGGACUGGCUCCCCAUAGGGCGGCAGUGUGUCAGCCAUUACCGCCGGCUGAGGCGCCACUGCGUCUUCUCUCACGAGGAGCUGAUCUUCAAGAUGGCCGCCGACCCCGAGUGCUUGGAUGUGGGGCUUGCUGCCAUGGUCUGCAAAGAAAUGACGCUCAUGACCGAGGAGGAGGCACGCUUGAGGGAGUCUGUUAUACAGAUGGGGGUGCUGAUGUCUGAGGAGGAAGUGUUUGAGCUGGUUCCCGACGACGAGCGCCAAUGUGCAGCCUGUCGGACCACCUGUUUCCUGUCUGCUCUUACCUGUUCUUGUAAUCCUGAGCGGCUUGUCUGUUUGUACCAUCCGAGUGAUUUGUGUUCAUGCCCUAUGCAGAAGAAGUGUCUAAGAUACCGGUAUCCAUUAGAGGACUUCCCUUCCCUGCUGUAUGGAGUGAAAGUCAGAGCACAGUCCUAUGACACUUGGGUCAGCAGGGUCACCGAGGCACUGGCUGCCAACCUAAACCACAAGAAAGAUGUGAUUGAGCUGAGAGUGAUGUUGGAGGAUGCUGAAGACAGGAAGUAUCCAGAGAACGAUCUCUUCCGUAAGCUAAGAGAUGCUGUGAAAGAGGCAGAGACUUGUGCUUCGGUGGCCCAGCUGCUCCUGAGCAAAAAACAAAAGCAUAGUAAACUGAGCCCGGAUAGUGGGAGGACGCGGACCAAACUGACUGUGGAGGAACUGAAAGCAUUUGUCCAACAGCUGUUCAGCCUUCCCUGUGUCAUCAGUCAGGCCCGGCAAGUAAAGAACUUGCUGGACGAUGUCGAGGAGUUCCAUGAGCGUGCUCAGGAGGCCAUGAUGGACGAAAUCCCGGACUCAUCGAAACUGCAGAUGUUGAUCGACAUGGGCUCUGGCCUGUACGUGGAACUUCCUGAACUGCCUCGCCUAAAGCAAGAGCUGCAGCAGGCUCGUUGGCUGGAUGAAGUCCGGGUGACCCUUGCUGAUCCUCAGAGAGUCACCUUAGAUGUGAUGAAGAAACUGAUUGACUCAGGGGUGGGGCUGGCACCGCACCACGCAGUGGAGAAGGCCAUGGCUGAACUGCAAGAGCUUCUUACAGUUUCUGAGAGGUGGGAGGAGAAAGCCAAGGUCUGCCUGCAGGCAAGGCCUCGACAAAGCAUAGCUGCCCUGGAGAACAUUGUUAACGAAGCAAAGAACAUCCCAGCUUAUUUGCCCAAUGUGUUAGCGUUGAGAGAAGCGCUGCAGCGGGCUCGAGACUGGACGUCCAAGGUGGAAGCCAUUCAGAAUGGUAGCAACUAUGCAUAUCUGGAGCAGCUCGAGAAUCUGUCUGCCAAAGGCCGCUUGAUACCCGUCCGCCUUGAUGCACUGCCUCAGGUUGACUCGCAGGUAGCAGCAGCGCGUGCCUGGAGGGAGCGCACAGGAAGAACAUUCCUGAAGAAGAACUCUAGCUAUACUCUCUUACAGGUUCUGAGCCCUCGAACAGAUAUUGGUGUUUAUGGGAGCAGUAAGAACAGGCGAAAGAGAGUGAAGGAGCUGAUGGAGAAGGAGAAAGAGAAGGAUCUUGACCUGGAGUCCUUAAGCGAGCUAGAAGAUGGGGUGGAAGAGACCAGAGAUACUGCAACUGUGGUGGCUGUCUUCAAGGAUCGUGAGCAGAAAGAGAUCGAAGCCAUGCAUGCCCUCAGGGAAACCAACCUGGCGAAGAUGACCAUGGUGGAUUGCAUUGAGGAGAUAAAGUUCUGUAUCUGCCGCAAAACAGCAAGCGGGUUCAUGCUGCAGUGCGAACUCUGCAAAGACUGGUUUCACAGCACCUGUGUGCCACUCCCCAAGACCAGCUCCCAGAAGAAGGGCUCCAGUUGGCCUGCCAAAGAAGUUAAGUUCCUGUGUCCGCUUUGCAUGCGCUCCCGAAGGCCCAGGCUGGAGACCAUCUUAUCUUUGCUGGUUUCCUUGCAAAAGCUGCCGGUGCGGCUUCCUGAGGGAGAGGCGUUGCAGUGCCUGACGGAAAGGGCCAUGAGUUGGCAGGACCGAGCGCGGCAAGCUUUGGCUACUGAUGAACUGUCCUCUGCGUUGGCCAAGCUCUCGGUGCUUAGCCAACGCAUGGUGGAACAAGCAGCGCGGGAGAAAACGGAGAAAAUAAUCAGUGCGGAGCUUCAGAAGGCUGCAGCCAAUCCUGACCUACAGGGUCACUUGACUAAUUUCCAGCAAUCUGGCUUUAACCGGGCCAUGAGCAGCGUGUCGUCAUCUCCACGGCAAACUAUGGACUACGAUGAUGAGGAGACAGAUUCAGAUGAAGACAUCAGGGAAGCAUAUGGCUAUGACAUCAAGGACAAUGCCAGUGUAAAAUCCUCCAGCAGCCUGGAGCCCAACCUUUUUUGCGAUGAAGAAAUUCCCAUAAAAUCUGAGGAAGUUGUAACGCACAUGUGGACAGCCCCCUCCUUCUGUGCUGAACAUGCAUAUUCAUCGGCAUCCAAAAGCUGUUCUCAAAGUUCCAACACUCCGAGAAAGCAACCUCGUAAGAGCCCCCUAGUACCUCGCAGUUUAGAGCCCCCAGUGCUUGAAUUGUCUCCUGGAGCUAAAUCACAACUGGAAGAUCUCAUGAUGAUAGGAGAUCUCCUGGAGGUAUCUCUGGAUGAGACCCAACACAUCUGGCGGAUCUUGCAGGCCACGCACCCGCCCUCCGAGGACAGAUUUCUUCACAUCAUGGAGGAUGACAGCAUGGAUGAGAAGCCAUUAAAAAUGAGGGGAAGAGACUCCUCUGAGAGGAAGCGGAAGCGGAAGCUUGAGAAAGCAGAACAGUUCUUUGGCGAAAUGAAGCAGAAGUCUAAAGAAUUGAAGAAGCUGGAGAAGCCCAAGAAGAAGAAACUGAAGCUGACUAUGGACAAGACAAAAGAGCUGAACAAGCUGGCCAAGAAGCUAGCGAAAGAGGAAGAGCGUAAAAAGAAGCGCGAGAAGGCAGCUGCGGCCAAGGUGGAGCUGGUGAAAGAGUGCAUAGAAAAAAAGAGGGAGAAGAAAGUCCUGGAUAUCCCUUCCAAGUACGACUGGUCAGGAGCGGAAGAGUCCGACGAUGAGAACGCGGUGUGUGCUGCUCAGAACUGCCAGAGGCCCUGCAAGGACAAGGUAGACUGGGUGCAGUGUGACGGCGGCUGCGACGAGUGGUUUCAUCAAGUCUGUGUCGGUGUCUCGCCAGAAAUGGCAGAGAACGAAGAUUAUAUCUGUAUAAACUGUGCAAAGAAACAGAUGCAGGGCAGUCCGACGCGUGUGCCGCCGCCUCACUUCCUGCUGAGCUUCAAACGGCCCGUGGAAGACCUCAAGGAGACGAGUUAGCAGCCGCUCGGUCUCACUGGGACUGGAGGGAAAUGGAACACUAAGAAGGUGGUGUGAUGUGAACCGAGUCACUUGGAACGCUCCACUUCCGUAAACGUUCGGCCCUAUGGUGGAGCUGGCCCCACGCAGCUGGCUUCCUUUUGUAUGAAGCGGGAUGUUACGGGCGCAGGGGUACUGACCCAGCUAUGCAGAUACCACCCAGUUGGAAGUCCCAGCCAG